GUCACUUUGAGGGCGGAUAUCGGCCGGUCCUCAUCCUCUCCUCAUCCUCCUCUUCCUCCAUCAGUCUUCAUGGUUCUGAUCUCACCCCAAGCCAUGCAACCCACCCGGGCGUCCACCACGGUCUGUGUGUUCGCGGACUGCAGCAUCCCGUCCGGGCUCCGGAUAGGACCUGUACCGGGGAUCUUCAAACUGGGGAAGUACGUGUCGGACCGAAAGGAAGUUGGACCCAAGAAGAAGGUGCGUUUAAAAACUGACAACUAUCAUUCAUUCUGAUUUUAAUGCUUCAUGGUGUGUUUUUGUAAAUCAAAUCCCUCGAGUUUUUUUUUUUAAUGAAAUUACAGGUGACUUUUGUUUCUCCUUCAGAACCUUUGGAUAAAUUACGCACAAGUUGCAUGUUUAUUAUCACUUUUGCUGUUCAAAAAAAUACAAACUCUCUUUUUUUUCUUGACAUCAGUUUGGUUUGGUUUCUGGUGGUGUGCAGCAUCCAAAAGGAGCACACUAGAUGUAGAUUUUGCAGCUGCAGUGUCAAACUCCAUCGGGCCUUCACUUAUUAAUUGGUUUGGCCUGUCAGGCUGGAAAUAAUUGAGCUCCAUUAGUGGCCGACUUGUCAGUCUGUGCUUCUACUUAACCGGCCUAAUGGGCGGCCCGGCUCCGCUGUGUGGGAUUUCAUGCCCUCAGCCGCCUCACAUUUCACUGCCUGGCGGGCCUGUUACCCCGAUGAGCCGUUUAAUUUUAAUGUAAUCCGGCCAGAGAAAGAUGCCACUGAGGCCGGAGAGCACAGCCUGGGGCGAGGACAGAAAUAAUUUUACACAUAAUAACAAAAAAAAAAAAAUAACAACAACACAAAAAUUGAAACACUGAGUUAUUAUUAUUUUUUUGGACCAGGGUUGGUGGAGAUAAGAAAUGUGGCGAUAAAUCAUCAUUUUAAAUUUCAGGGAAAAUGACAUUUAAAAUUCAAUUUUUUUUUAAAGAAAUGAAACUUUAAAAUGUUUAAACUUUAAAAAAAAAGAAGGUAAAAAAACCCCACAGAGAAUAUGUGCGCAUCCAUAACCUCAGCCUGUUAUUGUUGCAGCUGUCAGCAGAUGUGAUUGAUGCGUCUAAAUGCGUGGCCCCGGGCUGCCGGCGAUCAUCAGGUGCACUCUCAGUGUCAAAUGUCGCGCUUCGAUCUUUAAUAUCCUUGAACAGUUUAGAAACGCUCUGACACUCCUCAAAUUCGUUUCCCAUAUCAGGUCAAUUAGGCCCGAGUGUCAUUCUCUUUAAGAAAUCAUCAGUAGAGCGGAUAAAGACGCAUUAAGCGCGUUUUGGUCAGGCGUGGUCGCAGCACCUCCAGGUAGGGUAGGCAGCCAUGGGCAAUUAUUUGUCUAUAAAAUUUGUUGAAUAUCUAUGGCUUUUUUUUUUAAAGAAAUAAAAAAAAAUCGAAUUUAUGAAUAAGUUUAAGGAAAAUAGAAUUUUCAAAACCAGGUCAAAUGUGUUUUUCCAACCAGUGUAUCAAAUGUGAAUUUAUUGCCUUCAAAUGUUGGCUGUUUCUGUGGGAAGGCUAUGAUGUUUGACUUUUCAUCGUUCCUUUAAAUCUGUCAAACAAAGAGUUUUUCUUGAUAUGAUCGUAUUUUUCUGGCCUGUAGGUCCGCUUGGUUCGUGGAGAGUUCGUGGAUGAGUCGGGCUGCCCUGUGCCAGACUGGAUCGGAUUCAUCCGCGCAGCCAGGAACAGUCAGGAGCAAAACCUGGAGGCAGUGUCAGACCUACCUGGCGGACAGGUGAUUUUUUUUUCUUUUUUUUCUCGGCACAUCUUUAGGCCUUUGUAAAAAUGUUCACCCUUCCUUUUGAUCAGUACCAACUCAAGCCUUCCUGCUCCUCUUUUUUAAAAGAUUUUCUACCGUGUGCUGAGAGAAAUCCCAGCUGGAGAGGAGCUCAGUGUUUGGUACUCCAACACCCUUGCGCAGUGGUACGACAUUCCCACCACAGCCACCCCCACGCACGACGAAAAAGGUAACUCAGACUUCUAAUGGGAGUGUUCCAGGGCAGGGUGGAAGAGUUUAACCAAGAGGGAAAAAUACAUUUAAUAAUAAUAAUAAUAAUAAUAAUAAUAAUAAUAAUAAUAAUAAUAAUAAUAAUAAUAAUAAUAAUAAUAAAAGAGUCUAUUCCUCUGUUAGCAUUAGGCCACAGCUGUACAUGGAGAGCUCACACUGAGGUCCCAUCGACACUUUGAGGGUCCAUCUCUGCAGGGUUAAAUGACUGCCAAUACAACUUGCUUCUCCUUUUGAACUCAGUGAUGGAAAUCCAUUGAUUGCUGUCUCUACCUGAGGCAUCUCAUCUAUUUAUUUAUAUAUUUUUUAAUAAUGAAUCCUAUUAACAGUCGAAAAAAAAUCACACUGAAUAUCGGCGUAAUUUACACAGAAUAUCGGUGUAAAUUACGCCGAUAUUCAGAUAUUGAGACAUAAUUUGUUGCAGAAAAGAUUAAAACAGUGAGAGUAGGAUAUUGUGUCAGAUUAACCACAUUAUCCAGAUUUCUGAAACAGAUUUAUUUUUUCCUGUGGAUUAAAUUCCUAAUCAGCUUUUCUGUUUGUUUGGGCUGGUAAUGGGAGUUAUAGGUUUUUGCGCGUGAGGAUUAUGGUCAAAUCUUAAUUAAACACCAGCUCAGCAGAAGCUAAUCCGUUUACUUUAAUUAAAUAUUAAUUAAUUCUCAGUUCAUAAUUCGUAACCCAUGAUUUUGUUUUACACUUCUGGACCUGGAGGGGCCUCUUCUUCACUAAUUGAAUAAAUGUAAAAGCAAAAUGAUAUCACACUCGCAUGGUGUGAAAAAAAAAAUGGUGAUCAAGUAAUAACGGUGCUCGACACAGGGAAUAAAAAGAAAGCAAUUAAAAGCAGUAAUAGACGUGUCUCUUCGGUGACCGUGGAGAAGGAAGAGGCUGGUGAUUCAGUUGCGAGACGGAGGUUAACAAAUGUCAUCGUGUCGUUAAUAUUCAUGUAUUCAAAAGCAAAUAAAUUCAAAAACAAGUGCUUCACGGUAAAUUAGGUGGGUGCGUCAAGGUAUUGUGGCCUAAUGAAUGCUAACUUUUAUGUGGGGUGUAUAUUGCCCUGAUUCUCCGGCCCAACACACCGUGUGCGCUCCUGGACAUACGCUCGCUCCCAUUAUUAGGCGUCAACAGAUGGGCCUUCGCCAUUGUUUCUGGAGACUCGCGAUUUCAAGCAACAGCUGCUGUCACUUCCACGGGAAAGAGCGCAGAGAGAGAAAGUCCUGAAUUCAAUGCAUCACUUUCUGAGCGCCAGAUUGGGCAGGGCGUUUGCUCUUUUGAUGGCUAUCAUAAACAAAGGCCCGUAUGAGGAUUACAGAAUCAUUACAUCUAUAUUAACCCCCCGAGUGCUCGACUGGGGGUCACUUAAAAAGCGCCCCGUGCCUAUUACCACUUGGCACAACAUCUUAAACCCGGGUCAUAUCCAAUGGCCGCGAUUGAAAUUUCAGCUGAGGGGCUGGAGAAGCGGACUGAGUAAAAUGGUUCUAGUGUUCAAUUGUUUUAUGGACGUCUUUAUUUGUACAUGUUAAUUCAGAAUGUGUUUUCUGGAUGUUUGUGAGUGUUUUGAACUUGGUCAUAGUAACAAACGGAAAGAGGAUGGCUCUAGGCUUUUGAAGUUUAGAUUUUGGCAUGCAAUUGCGCUUUUACGCACGGAAAUAUACACAAAUAUUAGAUAUUAAUAUUAAUAUAAAAAAAUAUUAAUGCCAUUGUUUAAACCUGCAUUGUGUGAAACUGUGACUCAAUGAAUUAAAUCAAACCUAAUCACCAAAUGUCAUAUUUGUUCUUGUCUCUCCAGGUGAGGAGCGUUACAUCUGCUGGUAUUGCUGGAGAAUAUUCAAAUACCCCAACACUCUCAAGGCCCACGUGCACUUUCACUGCGCCCUGAGCAACGGGCGGGGGUUUGUAAACAGCGAGCAGGCCAGAGGCACAGAGACCUUCAGCAGGUCACCAAAGUCAGGAGACAUCCCCAACACCUCCACCUCACCGAGGAGCGGUCACAACAACACCUCCAUCUCAGACUCUGGCAGGAGAGCGGUGUCCUCCUCACCUUUUCUAAACAAAGUUGGACUGAUUAAAAAAGGCAGCUCAGAGGAGCAGGACAGGGCGCUCGAUAUGAGCGUCACCUCAGCCAGAAACCAAGGGCACAUCCUGGGCCUCGGCGCCACAUCCACAGUGCUCAGCAGCAUGGGCUUCCACCCGGGUGUGCGCUCUGCCUUCAAGCCGACCGGUGUCUCCAAAGUUCCGGGCGCGGACGCAUCCAGGGAGGACGCAAAUGGAAAACUGAACAGCAUGGGAUUCAGCAAACUCAUUGGAAACAUGAAACCGAUCCGACAUGUUGGCGAGACUCUCAACGGAGGAGGGAACCAUCCUCCCAAGUGCACUCCUGCAAUAAUGGACUCCACUUCUCCAAUGGUGCCGUGCACUAACAAUGUCCGAGGUUUCCCAUUGUUGCCUCACAUGGAAGAGACCUCAGCUUUUAAGCACGUCGAGAGCAGGAUGCACUCUGGCCUGUCUCCGUCCCGCUACCCCCAGAUGCCCCCCGGACUCCACUUUGAGAGGUUUUCACUCCCUCAUUUCGACGGUGUGAAGACAUAUGGAGGGGACUGUAACAUCCCGCUAAUGCCCUUCACUGUGUAUAACGGGGAGCUCCUGUACAGCUCACCUUACUAUCCACUUAAAUUCCACUUCAGCAACCUCCUUAAGUAUCCCGAGUCCAUGUCCUACUUCGGUGCGCCUCCUCUCAGUCAAGACCUGGGCUCCAUCACCAACAUUGACCGGGAGAUUGCUAUGCACACGCAACAGCUGUCAGAAAUCGCAGCGGAGAAGAACCGGACAAGGCUGGACUCGAUUCCCGCCGGUAGCACCGGCAGCACCGGGUCAGGCAAGCCGAAAAAAGGGCACUUGUGUCUAUACUGUGGAAAGCUGUACUCGAGAAAAUACGGCCUGAAAAUCCACAUGAGGACUCACACGGGUUAUAAGCCACUGAAGUGCAAAGUAUGUUUUAGGCCAUUCGGAGACCCCAGCAACCUGAACAAACACAUCCGCCUCCACGCGGAGGGAAACACGCCCUACAGGUGCGACUUCUGUGGAAAGGUGCUCGUAAGGAGGCGGGACCUAGAGAGGCAUGUGAAGUCCAGGCAUCCCGGGCAGACCAUCAAGAAACUGGACGACAAAGCGAGCGGCCUGUUCGAGGACGCGGACCACAAGAGCGACAAUGAUAGUGAUGUGGAUGUGUGUUUCACCGACGACCAGAGCGACCAGGAGUCGAGUAAAAAUAACGACUGAGACUUUUUCCACUGACUUUUAAUUACAUCCACAACAACUAUGGCAUUCAAGCUUUUACUGAGUCCAUUAUUUUUACAUUUCAGUUGUUGACCUGACGAAAACACUUUUGAAAACAGAAUCAUCCCUUAUGAAAUGGCCAUCAGUUUAAAAUGCAAGCCAUUUAAAAAUGUCAUAUUUCGACACAUUAAUUGAUGCAACAAAACUGGAACAAUGAGAGAAACACUCAGAAAUCGAACAAACACGUUGCAUGAAGAGCCAUAAAUGAAGUUAAAUAUAUGUUUACAGAUUCUGGAGACUCGCAUAUUUGCUCAUGUUCCUCCUUGAAAAAUGAAGCCUCGACGAGAGGUCUGAAAAGAAAAGAGAACAACAUUCCUCCACACUUGAUAUUUUUGGAAAUUAUAAACUUCAAUGAUUUUUUUUAAAUAUACAAUAUCUUAAUUGUGUAUAAAAGGGCAAACGUUUUCACAUAUUCCCACAAUAUCCCCCCUCUAAACUGUCAGUUGCACUUUAAAGCAGCAGUGAGAAAUGCUCUCCAGCUCCUCUGAGAAGGAGUGACUGAUUUUUGAUUCCGUGCGCCUCGACGAAUAACGAGCCGACUUCGAUUUGCACUUUUCUUGAGGAGGCGCAAGCAGCCAGCAGCAGCGCCCACUUUAUUUAUGGCAUUAUUUCUAUAGUGACGAAAAUGGUAUUGACUGCAGUUAUGUACAGAAGUGUAAAGUAUGAUAUUUCACAUUUCAGUGGAGAAGUGUUGUAUACGUUUGUUUAUAAGUGAUCCUGUCUAUGAGCACAAUAUUUCAGUCCUGUCGUUGUUUUUGAAUAAAUUUAAUUUAAGAUAUCAAA